AUGCGGCGAGAUGUGAAGGGGCGCAACGGCCAACAACAAGCGGCAAGAAGGGAGAGGGAAGCAACCAGGCAAAGGGGCAAACACAGGCAGGGAGGCAAGGGCGGGAAGAGCCGCAAAGGACCGGCAAAAGACGGCAAGAGCGGCGGGAGACAAGCAAGGCGGCAAAGCCGCCAAAGUACCGGCCAAGUGCCUAGGCAAAGGGCCGGCCAAAGGCAACAAAAGGCGGGCAUAAGCCGCAAGCGGGCGUCACGGCGGCAGUACGCGGCAAAGGCGCGCAACGCCGGAGGGGCAAGCGCGGGCAAGCGGGCAAGGGGGGUGGCGAAGGAAAGGAAGGCGCGAGGGAGACGAGAAGGCGAACGAACAGGCGCAACAAACGCCCGCGGAAGGAAGAGAAGGAAGGGAAAAGAAACCGAGGCCCAAAAGCAGAGGCCAAGGGCAGGAGGGAGGCGAAGGCAAAGGCAAACGAAAGGAGAGGAGAAGGGAAGGCAAAGAGGGAAAGGGGGCGACCAACGAGAAGGAGGCGAGCCCAAAGCAGGCAAGGGGCGAAGCAAAGGAAGGAGGGAGAGAGCCAAGAAAGGAAAGGGGCCCAAGAAGCAGGCCGAGGGCGGGCCAAGACCAGGAGCAGGCCAGGGGGGUGGCAAGGGGCGGGACACAGAGGAAGGGAAGCGGGGAGGAAUCCCGGCCCCAAGAGGAAGGGAGAGGGGGGAGGGAGGGGAGACAAGGGAAGGAAGGCGCAAGGCCAGAAGGAAGGAAAAGCGGCAGGACGCCAGGGCGGCGGGAGGAACAGACGGAUGGGAAGCGAAAGCGAGGGGAGAGAGGAAAGCCGCCCGAGGAAAAAGCGCGGACGGAGAGAAGGCCGAGGAAAGGACAGAGCCGGGGAAGCAAAGCGGGCAGGCGGGAAAGGGAAGAGGGAAGGACAGAGCAGGGGAAGAAAAGAGGACGAAGAUGGAGGGGAGACAGGGAGGAAAGGACAGAACGGGAGAGGAACAGAAAGGGGAACAAAGGAGGAAGAGGGAAAAGCAAAGGAAAGGCGAGGAGGAAGAGGACAAAAGGAAAAGAGGAGUACGAAAGGGACAGACACCAGAAUAA